AUCUGCAGCAACGAGGAGAGGCACGAGGCAAGCAUGAAGGUUAUAUCUUCACCUGGAGCUCGAGGACAGAGGGCCGCCAGAAGGAUUUCUAAACCUCAGAUGGAGAAGCGCAGGCGGGAGCGCAUCAACCACAGUCUGGAGACUCUGCGAGUUCUGAUGCUGGAGAGCACCCACAAUGAGAAACUAAAAAAUCCGAAAGUGGAGAAGGCAGAGAUUCUAGAGAGUGUGGUCGAUUUCCUGAAGGCAGAGAAGGAUGUACAGAAGGAUCACCAGGCCUCAAAGAGGGCCCUGUCCGUGGAGCAGAGACCGGCCUGUGCCUGCCAGUCCAGCUACCAUGACGGCAUGAGGACCUGCCUGCUCAGGGUCAACCAGUUCAUAGCCAGCAAGAGCCAGGAGGCAGGGGAGCCCAGCGGAGCGGCUGUACGGGCUUCCUUUACGCUUCCAGAGAUCCCCAUGCACCCCACCACUCCCGGCCACAUCCACCAGUCACUGAUACCCCCUUCUCCUGCUACUGCUGCUGCUCUGCCUCCUCAUCCUCUGCCCUUCCAUCACCCCCAGCUCUCUCACCACUACCUGAAGCAGACGGCUGGCUUCCACGGUGCCACCAGCAAUCUGUCCCCCGCAGGUGUGGGGCACAUCCCUGAUCCCCUGUGGAGGCCCUGGCCUCAGUGAUUCCAGCGUCAAGACCGAGGCUUUUGAGUCCAUGUAACUACUGUACCUACUGUAACCUACUGUAACUAUACCAGCAAAAUGUAUAAAGUGUAUUUUUUCGGCUACUGCACAGCCUGUAUUUAGCUCACUCAAGUCACUUUCUAUCACCUCACACAUGUACGAGUGUAAUUAGUGAUUUAUCUUUUUAAAACGUUGAGACUCGCCUAUAUGUGCUCAUUAUGGACUACAUUUUUAAAUGUCUUUCAAGUUGUUUUUUUUUUUUUCACAUUUACGCAUCAGUACGUAAAACAUAUAUUUGUGCUGACAGGACGGGCCUAAAAUUGCUUUCCCUGCUUUCCCUUUGCUGGGGGGUUUGUUUUUGUUUUUCUUCUCUUUUUUUGGCUCUGACGUGUGUAUAGCCUAUAUUUGAGCCACUGUGUGUGAGAAAU